GACUAAGAAUUUAUAUGUCGAACAAAAAAGAUUAAUAAAGUGAUGUAAUUAUGAUUUGAAAGAAUUAAACAGAGUGAAAAUAUGUGUAAAAUUAUUGUACAGAAAUUAAAUUCAAUUUAUUCUGCAUCCCAUACUUCUGCUGAGUUUUCAAGAUGAAGCAUUUCUGCAUACUUGUGUUAAUAAUCUUAAUGCUGAAUGGAUUCAUUGUAGAAGGCUUCAGACACAAGACAAAUAGAAUUAUCAAGAAGCGAUCCAGAGUUUCUCAUGCAAGCACUUCACUCACAAACACAACAAAAUCAGUAGAAGAAUCUACCGCUAAAUUUAACGAUGAUGGCGCCUCACGAGAAACAACAUAUAUACGCAAAAAUUCCACAAAUGAAAAAGCUGAAAAGAAAAAUAAAUUUGAAAAAGUUCAGAGGAAACAAGAACAGAAGGGAAAAGAUAUGAGCGCUAUUGUUGUCAUUGGUAACAAGACACAUAGGAUAUCUGGUCCGGUUGUUAAACAACUGCUAUCCGAACUCCAGCAUCAAAAAGACCCUACAGACAGUGCAAAACAAGCCAAAACAGAUCCAACAGAAGUCGGCUCAUCAGGAGCUAGUAACUUAAAAAGACUUUAUGCAGCCAACGAAGUUGCGGAGAUCAAUAAAUUGCUAGGGAAACCUUUAACAGAUGCAAAAGCGUUAGGUCUUAUAAAGAAUUUACUGUUAGAUAAAGUGCACAACCAUCUUGCGAAAACUAUGGAUAUGGAAACAAUGGAAGUUCUGCAACCACCUUCUAAUCCAGCGCCAUUUGGAAUCAAAGAAGGAGUUCAUGGACAAGUAGAAACUGCGACAGCUUCGAAGAGAAGGCAAGCAUCCAUUUGUCGUGAUUUGGAUCCAAAAGAAAAAUGUCUAUAUCUCAAGGAACUGGGUUUGUGUGCUGAAGGUAAAAAACAUCCAAGGAUUCGACGACGGUGCCAACAGACAUGUGCCAUGUGUGAUGUUUAUUCACCAACUGCGCCACAAUGUAGCGAUUGCAAUAACUGUGCUGGUUGUACAAGCCUACGGAAAUGGCAAAUUGAUAUUCACGUACCUUAUGAAGUUCUACAAGGUAAUGGAAUACCUUGUGGCAAUUGUGUUCCAACAAACCAUCGGCAGUCCCCACUUGUACCGACACCAACCCAACAUCAAACGACUCCAAAUCCAGUUCUUGUGCUGAAUGAUAAUACUCCGAUACCUGGAAAAGCUGCAAACCUUCCCAAUGCAGUACCAACGCUACACGCACAUUUAACAAUAAAUGCUGCUGCCACGAUACAGCCAGUCACGACAGAGGCAUCUCUUUUGCGACCAUCUGCAGAACCAGUUAAUCCAACUGCAUUAAGACCAUCUGGCAUGACAAGACACACUACUAAACAUCUCACUACUCACUUACCAACAGUGGUUCAUCGCACAACUCCUAUGCGUCCAAGUCUUCCUACACGUCGGCCUGUGGUUCCGACCAGACCGAUUACAAACCCUGUACAUCCUAGUAUACCUGUAGUAAAGACUGUACCCACUGCAGCACCAUUGGGACCUAUUGCUAAUGCACAGCCCUCUGUGGAAGUGGUUCCACCUGCUCCUCCAGUGCCUCCUGUUCCUGCAGCAGAGGAUGAAGUUGUAGAAGCAAAUAGACUUCCAGCUAUGCCUCCAGGUUCAGUUGAUCCAGUAUUUGAUGCUGUUGGAAAGUGCCAGCUUCCAUUAGACAUUGGUAUUGCAAUUGAUACUUCUGCAGCUACUGUGCCACAUUGGCAACAAAUUCAACAAUUUACAAGAAAUUUAAUUGACAAAUUUGAAAUGGGAGGAGUAUCUCGUAUUGGAAUAAUUACUUUUGAUACUUUGGCAAAAGUUCCAGUUCACUUAGGAACCUAUAACGAUGCAAAUACUUUAAAACAACAUCUAAAUAAAUUACAAGCAGAUCCAUAUGGUCGCCGAAGAACGGAUUCAGCUUUAGAUGCAGCUAAGGAUAAAUUAUUUGUAUCUGGAAGACCUGGUGUACCAAAGAUUUUAUUUUUGCUAGAACACGGAAGAAUAAAUGGUGGCGAUCCCUCGGUAAACUGGGCUCAAAUGCUAUCAGAACCAGCUCAAAGGUUGCGAGAUAUGGGUGUAAAUGUCUUUGCCGUUGGAGCAACACCGAUAGCCACGUUAGAAGAGCUAAAAACCAUUUCAUCUAGCGAAGAUGACACACAUGCAAUAGGGUUGCCAAAUUAUACGCAUCUUCCAGCAGUUGUUGAACAGCUUGCCGCCAAGGCUUGCCAAUUAGCAGGUACACUUUAUUUUCCAACAAAUAUACCAGCACAACAAACACCACCACCAGUGACGACGCAGCUAAAGAAAAUGGUGACGAAUGCGCGUAUUCCUCUUGGUACACCGCAUUCCCCAACAAAUAUACCAGUACGAUUAACACCAGCACUCGUGACUACACAGCUGAAAAAAAUGGCGACGAAUACACAUGGUCCGUAUGGUUGUCCCGUAAACUAUGCAAAGCUUGGUUGUUAUAACGACGAUCAAAACAACCCUCGUCCAUUACCAGAGCAACUAGUCAAUGACAGAGGUGCAACGUUCCCACAUUACAGUGGGUCACCUAUCAAUUGGGACCACUGGGCAACUUAUCUGCCGAAAUUCGUAUGCCGCUGCGCUAUGUUGGCGAAGAAAAAAGGAUAUAAAAUAUUUGGGAUUCAGUUUUUCGCUGCAUGCUGGUCCGGUCCAGCUUCUGAACAAACGUAUAUGGAGGAUGGUGAAGGUGAUCCAGACAUGUGCAUAUCUACAAGUUCUCGGAAGUGUGAAGCUACAGAUUCUGUUUGCGCGGGCAAACAAGAAACAAACUUUGUGUACUCGUUGGAAGCUGAAGCAAAGAGAAGCAACAUUCCUCGCCAUCCAUAUUAUCAUCACAAGAGACAUUCUCAUAAGAAAAGAGCGCCCAAGAAAUAUAAACCUGCAGUAUAUCUAACCUAGGUAACAUGUUCUGGCAGAGAUUACCAAUGGAAAAUAGGACAAGCUGCUUGCAUUGAUGAACCGUAAGAUUGUGGAAAAUAAGCAGACCACAAAAGAAGGACAUUCAUGAAGAAUAACGGUCUUGGAUUGUACUGCUUGAAAUAAAAACUUGUGGUGAACAAACCUCACCCUAACGAAUAAAACAAUUACUUGUAUAUUUGUUGAUAUCGUCUUAUACUGUGCAUU